ACGAUAUCAAUUUCGCCGUUGCUUAAUAGUCAGUCUCCCUGUGUGAUCUGCAACAGAGAAGAAAAAAUCUGAAAGUAAUCAAAAUGGGGGAUCAGAUGGCUCGAGCAGAGGAGUUCGAGAAGAAAGCAGAGAAGAAGCUCAGCGGCUGGGGAUUAUUCGGCUCCAAGUAUGAAGACGCCGCCGAUCUCUUCGAUAAAGCUGCUAAUUCCUUUAAGCUCGCCAAAUCCUGGGAUAAGGCUGGAUCAACAUAUAUAAAGUUGGCAAACUGUCAUUUAAAGUUGGAAAGCAAACAUGAAGCUGCCCAAGCUUAUGUUGAUGCUGCUCAUUGCUAUAAGAAAACAUCUGUGAAUGAGGCCAUAUCUUGCUUAGAUCAGGCAGUAAAUCUGUUUUGUGAUAUUGGAAGGCUCAGCAUGGCUGCAAGAUACUUCAAGGAAAUUGCUGAAUUGUACGAGUCUGAACACAACAUUGAGCAGGCUAUUGUUUACUUUGAAAAGUCAGCCGACUUCUUCCAAAAUGAAGAAGUAACAACUUCUGCCAAUCAGUGCAAGCAGAAAGUCGCGCAAUUUUCUGCUCAACUAGAACAAUAUCCGAAGUCGAUUGAGAUUUAUGAAGAGAUAGCACGACAGUCAAUGAAUAAUAACUUGCUGAAGUAUGGAGUUAAAGGACACCUUCUUAAUGCUGGCCUUUGCCAACUCUGCAAAGGUGAUGUUGUAGCAAUUACCAAUGCAUUAGAGCGAUAUCAGGAACUGGAUCCAACUUUUUCCGGAACACGUGAAUACAGAUUUUUAGCAGAUAUUGCUGCUGCAGUUGACGAGGAAGAUGUUGUGAAGUUUACUGAUGUAAUCAAAGAAUUUGAUAGCAUGACUCCGCUGGAUUCAUGGAAGACGACUCUUCUUUUGAGGGUGAAGGAAAAGCUGAAGGCCAAAGAACUAGAGGAAGAUGAUCUUACCUGAAAUUUUUUUUUCUCAAAAGUUUCGGUUGUUUUGCUUUUUUCGUUCUUGAUGAUUGCAUUCUAUGAUGUGCUUGUGUCCAGUUACCCUUCCUCUACGAUGGCUACCGAUACUAAAAUGUACUUGAAUUGGGUGUUGAUCCUUGUAGGUAUUCUUAAGUUUGUGACAUGAACAUGACUUUGUAGUUCGAUUCUGGCCUAUUUUUUCUACUACUGGUUUUCAUGAUUA